UGUCGUGUCGUAUUUACGAGCCUGGUAGAACUAAUUUCCGAGGAGCACCUGAAUGCAUCACUACGGCUGAUUCCGACUGGAGCAGUCGUCUGAUGUCGCUGCAGUGACCACUCAGCAUGGAGAGCUCCACAGAAGCAGCUGACCGCACAGCGCGCACCUUCUCUCAGGUGGUGUUCACCGACACCCCUUACUCAUACCCACCUUUGACCCCCAUCACCUGCUGCUACACCCUCACUGGUGCUUUCCAGCCAAACCCCAGGGACUGGGUGGGCAUUUUUAAGGUGGGGUGGAGCAUAACAAAGGAUUAUCAUACCUUUGUGUGGGUGGAGCCAUGUCUGGAUCUGGUAAGGAAAGAGACUGCGACCAGGCAAGUCUUUUUUAAAGAUUACUACCUGCCUAAAGAUGAGAUAGAGUUCUACCAGUUCUGCUACGUUGACAGUGCUGGACAGGUGCGAGGAGCCAGCACUCCUUUCUGUUUCAGAAGUCCAGAGGAGCAAUGCCCAGAGAGCAGCGUGGAUGAUGACCUCCUGGUUAUUACGACACAGGAGCAGGUGGAACAGAGCAUACGUGAGAAAGUUGAUCUGCAGAAAGAGCUGGAUAAGAUAAGGGAGGAAAACGAAACCUUAAAAAAUGAUCUACAGAAGGAACAGCAAGAAGCUGCCAGCCUAAAGGGGCUGAAUGAUCAGAAAGAGAAAGAAAUCACUCAACUGGUCAAAGACAUGGAUCAAGUCAAGGAACAAAAUGAAAACUUAACAAGCACCUUACAGCUACAAGGGAAAGAAAUGGACACCUUAAAGGAGGAGAUGUUGACCCAAAUGGCAAUGCAGAUGGAGACACAGCAACAAGAUGCUAGUGGGCUGAAUGAUCAGAAAGAGAAAGAAAUCACUCAACUGGUCAAAGACAUGGAUCAAGUCAAGGAACAAAAUGAAAACUUAACAAGCACCUUACAGCUACAAGGGAAAGAAAUGGACACCUUAAAGGAGGAGAUGUUGACCCAAAUGGCAAUGCAGAUGGAGACACAGCAACAAGAUGCUAGUGAGCAGAACAGAUGUAGUCAAAGCUUGAAUUUAGAUAGAGAAUCAAGACAAAAUGAGACACACGCUCAGGAGAAAUACGACCGAGCUCUGAUGAAGGUCAACCUGCUGAAAGUGGAGCGUGAGGAGCUGAAGGGGAAGGUUGAUGCUCAAAGUGUGGAGAUUUCCAUCCUAAAUUCCAAACUCAGAGAACAAGAAGUUGAACUGUUAAAUACGAAAGACAUCACACAGCUCCUUCAGGUUGACCUUCAGAGCAGUGAGAAAGAUAAGGAGAGGCUCUAUGUGGAGCUGCAAAUGUUGCAAAGCCUCACACACAACAUGGACGGCCUGAAGAGAGAGAACCAGGAGUUAUGCAGGAGGCUGUCGCAGCAGGAGACGCCGCAGAACUGUCCAGAUGACGAUCUAAGGGCGCAGUGUCAGACUCUUGUCACUCAGCUGCAGGACGUUCAGAUUAAGCUGAUGGCUGAGAAGGAGGAGACCAAAAACACCAAGAGACAAGUUGAGUUUCUGGAGAAUGCAAUGCUGCAAGACAGGGACCAGAUGGAGAAGUUGGCCUUAUCAUGUGAGCAGGCACAACUGAAAAGUGGAAAACAAGAGCUGCAGCUUGCAGAGGCACAUGAAGGGAUCGCAGAUAUGGAGGGCAACAUAGAGGAAAAUAAUCAUUUGAUCAUGCUGCUGAGACACGAGAAAGAAGAGAUGGCCAAUGAAAAUCAGAGUCUCAUUAAUGAUAUCGAGGGGCUGCGCAGAGCUUAUACCGAAUCACCACACAUGCAGCCUGAAACCACUUCACCAGCUGCCACUGACUCAACCACCCACGACUGGCAGCAGCAGGAGACACCUGAACAGCCUGCAGACCUGUAUGAGAACAUAGAAAGCGCUGAAGACCCAGAGCAAGAGCAGGCGCUGCUGUGCCGUCACUGCCAGGAGUGCUUCCCCUACAUAACCCAACACGAACUGGAGCAGCAUGAGCAGAGUCACCGAGUGUGUCCCUUCUGCACGAUGAUCUGUGACAACAUGGAGCAAUCCGUGUAUGAGGAUCACGUCUACGGCCACGAGCUGUGAGAACGGCACGUGUGAUUCAUACGUCUGGAGAAAAAAAAGCAUCUUACAAGUUGGGUUGGUCAUACGUGAAAGGACCACAUUGAUAUUUUUUGCACACGUUUACUAUAAAUUAUUGACCAUUUUCCAAAGCAUACUGGAGUUUUCCCCGGUCAUUAGUGUCCAUCAUGCAGAAAGAAAGAGCUGGCAGAGUUACAGCAUGUAAUCAAAUGUUCUCUUAAGAGUUCACAAAGAUUGUUUUUAUUAUUAAAUCACUAGUAACAGCUUACUGAUUUAGUUUAAAAAAGUGUGAGUGCUUUAAUGGAUUUUGUUCUUGGAUGGUACAUGCAGCACCCUAAAGAAAGUCAAGAGACUAAAUAUAAAAGUGAGUAGAGACCUUUCCUACGACUGCACAUUAGGGCCAGUGUAGGAAAAAAACAAAAACAAUUACAGAGCGGGGGAAGGGGGGCAAUUUAUAGUGAUGAGGUUUAUCCAAUCUUGCAAAAUCAAGCGAUGUGGAUCCUUCACAAAUUUGUUUCUUUAAGAUUUGUGACUUUAAUCUCAGCAAAUUUCUGAGGUUUUUUUCUGCAAAUGUAUGACUUUACAUUCUUUUUUCCAUGUUAAUUUACCACUUUAGUCUUGUAUAUUGUGAUAUUAUUUUCUCUGUAAUUGUUAGUAACUAGUCACUCUGGACUAGUAUUAUGUUUUUAGUAUGCUUUGGAAAAUUAGCAGCAGUAAGGUAAACAUGAUGAAGUUGAUAAAAUCAUUUAAAAUAAAGCAUGUAACAUUUAAAACUUUAUAUAUUAACGCCAAUUCUUAAUUUACAGUAUAGCUUUGCACUUAUCUUUUAGGAGGAAAUUGAUGAUCUGUUGUAACCAGAUCGUACCGAUUCAAGUUUUAUUUACCUUCCGUUGAUUUCAUUUUAAAUGUGUUUGACAGAAUGAGUUCUUGAUAUGAGGUUGAACAAUGUGACAAGUGAAUGUAUGUAAUUGAUCAAUUCAAAUGAAUAAAGUGCAUUUAAAUGGUCCAGCUGAUAAUAAAAAUCAAGUGGUUGAA